AUGGGUACCGGAAAGAAAGAAGCGUCUCGCCGCAGCCGCGAGGGAAAGCAGAAGGAUGGCAACAUCAAGGUCAAGGGCGAGAACUUUUACCGCUCAGCCAAAAAGGUGAAGCAGCUGAACAUGUACAAGGAGGGCAAGGCGCAGCGCGAUUCCGAAGGCAACAUCACCAAGGCCGCCUCGUACCAGAGCCGCGACAUCCCCACCGCUGUCAUCGAGCCCAACCGCAGAUGGUUCCAGAACUCGCGUGUCAUCAGCCAGGAAUCCCUGACGGCCUUCCGCAGCGCCAUGGCCGAGCAGGCCAAGGACCCCAACCGCUUCCUCCUCAAGAGCGCCAAGCUGCCCAUGUCCCUGAUCCGCGACGAGACGUCCGCCACGAAGCAGAAACCCGUCCUCGCCGACUCCUUUGCCGACGUCUUUGGCGACAAGGCCACCCGCAAGCGUGUGACGAUGAAAGAUUUCAGCACGCUCGAUGACCUGGCAGACACGGCGCGGCUGAGCAUGCGGUCCUUCAAUGACCGCCGCUCGGCCCUCGUCCAGAACGGCCUGCUGAGCGCCGCCGCUGCUGCGAGUGAGGGCGUGGAGUCGGCCGUCGUGGACAAGGCCCUGGAAGAGCUGGACUAUGUGCCGCCGGAGGUGGGCCACGAGGAGGCCGAUGCCUCGUCGAGUUUACGGAUGGAGCCUGUGUUCAGCAAGGGCCAGAGCCGGCGUAUCUGGAACGAGCUGUACCGGACAAUCGACUCGUCCGAUGUCAUUAUCCACGUCUUGGACGCCCGGGACCCCAUCGGCACUACAUGCCGGACCAUUCAAGACUACAUCAAGAAUGAUGCGCCGCAUAAACAUCUCAUCUACAUCCUGAACAAGUGUGACUUGGUUCCUUCCGGUGUUGCUGCACGCUGGGUCAAGACACUCCAAAAGACCGUUCCUACCUGCGCGUUCCGCGCAUCCAUCACAAAUCCUUUCGGCAAGGGCUCUCUGAUCUCCCUGCUGCGCCAAUUUUCGUCUCUACACGCAGACCGGAAACAGAUCAGCGUCGGUCUUGUCGGCUACCCCAACGUCGGCAAGAGCUCAGUCCUCAACGCUCUCCUGGGCAAAAAGGCCUGCACGGUCGCCCCGGUCCCGGGUGAGACCAAGGUCUGGCAGUUUGUCCGUCUGAUGAAGAGAAUCUACCUGAUCGACUGCCCGGGCAUCGUGCCGCCCGACUCGAACGCAUCACCCGAAGAUAUUCUUCUCCGCGGCGCGGUGCGAACAGAGAAGGUCUACAACCCGGCACAGUACAUUUCUGCUGUCCUGAAAAAGACGAAGAAGCACCACCUUGCUCGGACCUACGAGCUGAAUGACUGGACCGAUGCGACGGACUUUCUUGACCAGUUGUCGAGAAAACGCGGCAGGCUGUUGGCUGGCGGUGAUGCCGACGCCGACGGCAUGGCGCGCAUCGUACUCAAUGACUUUUUGCGCGGAAAGAUCCCAUGGUUCACCCCGCCGCCGGAGCUGAGCCCGGAGGAUCAAAAGGCAGCCAGCCAAAAGGGCCGCGUCCGCGACGAGGCAGCCAAGAAGCGGAAGCGCGAUGAUGCCGACGGUGAGGCUGCGCCAAGCACGACAAAGCUGGCAGAGGAAGAGACUGUGACAGCAGACGGCGAUGCAGAGGCGGAGAAGGCCGAGGACGCUGAGGAAUUCGGUGGCUUCGGCACCGACAGCGCACCGAGCGAUUUCGGCUCCGACGACGAGGACGACCUCAUUUCGUUGGGCAGCAUCAGCGACGAUGAGAGCGACUACGGUGACGCCCCUGAGACGGCGGGAGCCAGCGAGGACGAGGAAGAUAAGGAGGACGACGAUGACGAGGAGGCAGAGGAGGCAGACGGCGGCGUGACACAUUCCAGUGACGAGGAAGAGGCGCCGCCAGAGCCACAGCAGAAGCCCAAGGCGAAGCGGCAAAAGAGAUAG